AUGUUGUGCACUGUUGUUGAAACUGCCAUGAUAGAACUGUAUGCUAGGAUCGUUACUUUGGUGGUUUCGUUUGACCCAAAGCCGAUCCCGGGCGACUGGAACGGGGCUGGUGCUCAUUGUAGCUAUAGCACAAAAUCUAUGAGGGAGGAAGACGGGUAUGAGGUGAUCAAGAAAGCGAUCGUGAAGAUGGGCUUAAGGCACAAAGAGCACAUUGCUGCAUACGGAGAUGGCAACGAGCGACCUCUUACAAGGCGCCAUGAAACGGCUGACAUCAACACCUUUCUAUGGGGAGUUGCAAAUCGUGGCGCGUCUAUUCGUGUGGGGCGUGAUAUCGAGAGAGAAGGCAAAUGGUAUUUUGACGACCGAAGGCCGGCUUCUAACACGGAUCCAUAUGUUGUGGCCUCCAUGAUUGCUGAGACCACCAUUUUGUGGAAUAAAUCUUGA